AUGACUGUAGAAUCAAGAGGAGUUGAAUGGAAUAUAUUUAUAUAUAGAAUCCUUAAUGAGUUUAUAUUCAGCUCAUUAAUAGGUAAAAUAGAUCCACCAACAAAAAUGCCUUUCGAUAAAGAUUUCAACAAGAUCCAAAAGAAGCAAUUAUUUAGAAUUAUAAUGUUUGGUUUGAUAUUGAUCGCAGCUAAUAUCGGGGCUUUUAAACACUUAAAAAAGUAAAGUUUAUUUGAACAAAUGCAAAUCCCUCGUGUAUGUACAGAAAGUUAAAUUGAAAAAGCAUUUUAAGAUGCAGAAAGAGCUAUAUAGCAAACAAAUAAAGGAAUAUUAGGAAAAUAGGUUUAAAUCAAAGAGAAGGAAUUAAAUGAGAUGAAAGAUAUAUUAAAAAAUCCUGCAAGAAGAAUCAUUUAUGAUAAGUAUGGAAUCACUGAUGUUAAGUACGCAUCUUAUUUAACUUCUACAUACACAAUGCAUUAAAUUUUAUAAACCGGUGUUAGCUAUUUGGUUCUUCUACUCGUAAGCAUUGCUGGGUCAGGAUAAUAACAAAAGUCGAUUAUCAAGUGGCAAGUUUUAUUAAUUAUAAACUUUUUUAUUAUGGAAAUUCAUUUACUUCAAUGCGACUCACUAAAGGCAGACUUUAUAGAUUAACUUUUCCCUUACUUGACAAUUUAGCAUAGAUUGAUAAUUAUUAAGUUCCUAUUAGUACCAGCUCAAAUUAUAGUUGGGUAUAUUUCCUCUAAGCUGACCCCUAAUAAAGUGAGACAUCUUUAAUCCAAAGUCCUAUUUUUGAAAGAUGGCAUAUACUCUUAAAUUUAAUAGCUUUCAUUAUAGUAAGAAAAUAAUCCCAAUGUUUCAGACGAAUAAAAAUAACAUUACAAGUUACUUAAUCAAACUGCUAGUGAUCAUGCAUAACUCCUAAAGGAUACUAAUGAUAUCAUCAGCUUAAAGAAUAAAUAAAAUGAAAGUAAAUGGGACAUAGGAUCUCUUAUUAAAUUUUUAUUAAUAGGAUAUAUCGUUUAUUAAUAGAUUGAGUGA